CGUGGAAUCAUCAUAACUUUAAUGGAUUAGAGAGGCUUUUAACAUACGACUCUUUCGUCAACUCCAGGAAAGUUUACACAAGUAAGACGAACAGAACAGUACUCGGUCGGAACUCGGAAGUCAUCCAAUCACUUCAAUUCAGAUACAAGGAUGCAGAUUAUUACCACUGCGCAAGUGUUUUUGCUGCUGGUAGUUUCUUUGGAGGUAAAUGAAUCACGGUUCCUGGUUAAGACUCUGCCAGGUUUGCUUGGUGAUCUUCCUUUUACACUCGAAACAGGUUACGUUGGUGUAGGAGAAUCCGAUGAGGUGCAACUAUUUUACUACUUUGUUGAGUCUGAAGGGAACCCGAAAGACGACCCUCUCAUGCUUUGGCUCACAGGAGGGCCUGGUUGUUCUGGUCUUUCUGGCCUAUUGUAUGAAAUAGGCCCAUUCACUAUCAACUAUGCGAAUUCCACUUUGGAGAAGACAAUGCUCGAGAUAAACCCUCACAGUUGGACAAAGGCAGCCAACAUAAUAUUUCUUGAUCAACCAGCUGGAACUGGAUUCUCGUAUGCAAAAACCCCCGAAACUUAUAUAACAAAUGAUACAUCAUCAACAAUGCAUACUUACCAAUUUCUAAGGAAGUGGCUUGUGGAUCAUCCUACAUUUCUCAAAAAUCCAUUGUAUAUUGGUGCUGAUUCCUACACUGGCCUAGUGACACCAAUGAUUGUUCAGAAAAUAUAUAACGGUAAUGAAGUUGGAGAAUGGCCACAAAUCAACAUCAAAGGGUAUGUGCUUGGUAAUCCUCUAACAGACACAAGUGGUGAGUAUAAUUCAAGAAUACCAUUUGCUCAUCGUAUGGCACUUUUAUCAGAUUCAAUCUACAAGUUAACUGAAGAUAAUUGUCAAGGUGAGCACCUGAAUGUUGAUCCAAACAACACUCUCUGCAUACAUUAUCUUCAAGUGGUAGAUAAGUGCCUUGAAAGAAUUCGCCUGUCCCACGUUUUAGAGCCUUUUUGUGAAUCUUCAAAUGCCAUAAAAUCUCAUCUCUUCAGGAGGGACUUAAGAUCUCUUGACAAAACUUCUGUGGAUAUUAUGUCGUUGCCUCAACUUCAGAAACAAUGGUGUCGUGAUGACAACUAUGUGUACUCCUCUAUAUGGGCCAAUAGCAAAGAUGUUCGAGAGGCUCUUAACAUUCGUGAGGAGUUAAACGAAAUCGAGUGGGUGCGAUGCAAUGAAACCUUGCAUUUUCAUUUUGAUAAGGAACCCGUAUCUUACUUUCAUAAUGUCCCGAGUGUGGUUUCCUAUCAUCGAAAUCUUACUGAUAAAAAUUGUCGAGCUCUUGUAUAUAGUGGAGAUCAUGACAUGGUUGUUCCGUAUAUGGCUACAAUGAACUGGAUUGAAUCGCUAAAUCUGUUAGCUGUGAAUGACUGGAGACCUUGGUUUGUUGAUGAACAAGUAGCCGGAUACACCGUGAAAUAUUCGAACCAUGAAUACAGCUUAACCUAUGCUACUGUAAAGGGAGGAGGUCACACAGCUCCAGAGUACAAACCUAAAGAAUGCUUAAGCAUGCUUAUGAGGUGGCUUGCUAAGGACGCUCUCUAAAUAACAAUCAUAUAGUUGAUGUUUAUUUCUUCCAUUGUAUACACAACUACUCAAUCUUCAACUGUAAUGUAUAUCUAUAUUAAAUUUGUUUAUCAUACAAUUAUUCUUAUUAAAUGAUUGACACGAACACUUUCAAAAA